AUGCUAUUGUUUAACAAUGAUGACCUCAACGAUAUCGGCAACUAUCGCCCAAUCUACUUACUGUCUGUCGUCUGCAAAAUUUUCACUCGAGUCAUCCUAACAGGACUGACAGAGUACUGGACGAAGGAGAGUAAUGUGGGCAAGCAAGGUUUCGAAAAGGAUUCGGUCUUAUCUUUGCCAGAGAAGCUACGACUUGGCCAGCUUUUCCAAGUGAAAGGCCUCUCUUUCGAUCCACAAAUGUUGUUGAACUACGAGGCUCUUGAUGAAGACCCGAAGGAACUCAACUCUCCUUUCUUUAUUGGACCACCAAAUGCGUUGGAUGAAAAUGAGCCCAAGGAGCAGCAAGAGCGACGUGACGGUGACAAUGACAGCAUUGUCGGCAUCGAAAACGCUGGCCCUUCAACGGUAAUCUCAUUGUCUCCCGUGCCACUGACCACAGAAGGCCCGCCAAAGGAGGAAGAACAAAUUCUGACGAAAACCACUCAAUCACUACAAAUCGUUCGUAGGAUAUUCUUCUGCAUUUUUUUUCUCAUGUACUUGUUUGUUGUGCCGCUUUGUCUUCUUUAA